GCACAGCGGAGCCACACCACGGCAGGCACCGCAACAGCCGCAGCCAUGAAGCACGCCGUCGCCGUACUGGUCGCCGGGACGUUCCUGCUGGGCUACUGUGCAGCGCCCGGCGGCGCGCAGCAACAGGCGGCCGGCGGCUUCUUCAACGCCAUCUGCCCCGGCUGCGUGGACGCUGCCGAGGGGGCGGCGAGCGCGGGCGAGGAGUCCGCCUACGACGCCUGGAACGCCGCUUUCGGCCACGAGUCCCCCAUAUACGAGUGGGCUGAGCACGUGGGCUCGAAUGCAGGCGGCAGCAGCGGUGGCGCGGCGGUCCGCCGCACCGGCGCAGUCGGCGCCGCGCACGCCAGGAAGGGCGGCGCCGCCCGCGCCGCCCACGCCGCCCACGCCGCCCACGCCGCGUAAACGUGCACCCGACCACGAGCCGUCCGACGCUGCCGAGCGGAGUCUCCUGCGUCGAACUGCUCAUUAAAAGACUACGAAAACAAGUGUCUUUGUUCACUCAUCUGUAUAUUUAUAAAACUCAUUGCACUUAUUUAUGUAAGUCUAUUUGUUCCACUUGUCCUCCCCUUGGUCGAUUUCAUCCAAAGUAAGCUCACGUGUCACUUAUUAUCUGGAGAGAAGCACUGCGUGGGUAAUAACCAUUUACCUUCCGUAAGACUAGGUAGUGGGGUUGACAUAGAAGUGUAACUCAACAACGUCUGGAGCAAAUUCGACCAAAUUUUGUAUAUACAUGAAUCAUUAUUUGUUUUCUUGGCACAAAAUUACAGUGGGCGUAAUAUACCGACAUCACUCCUAGGCUUUGGGCCGGGGAGGAGACGUCGUGACCUGUAAAAUUAUUCUAUACCGACCGAUGUUGGUAUAAAAUCCAUAGUUCUUUUGGUCGCUGGACUUCUUGGUGACAAUCGCGAUGACGUGUUAACCUAGGAGCAUGCAGGACGCGGGGGGAGGGGAGGGGGGGUGAUGGAAUGGGAACAAACACAGGUGACGUAUCAGCAGUACUGUCACGCUUGAAACAAUUCCUACCAAACUUGGCACACGCCAUUGUCACAGUCACAAGUCGUCGUACUUAUUUCUGAGUGUCGCGAUCUCGUGCACCAAGCGUCUCCAUCCCGGACGGUUAUCGGCUUAUCCCAGAGCCUGGGAGUUGUUCAUUUGAUCCAUCCACCUGCUCUCUGCUCUUCCCCUCGGUCUCCAUCUCUUCUCACAAUAUGGCCAACGAAAAGGAUACUUAUUUACGUGACGCUAAAAGAAAGGCGCCUGGAGUUACUGAGUUGCUCAACAACGAACACAUUUGUUCUUCUUUCGGUCUAAUUUAUGCUCAGCAUCCUGCACCAGAACCAAUGCUUAAAUGCAGCAAUACGCUACCUGUCGUUGGCCUUAAGAUUUCGUGUCACGCAUGUGUAAAAGAACGCGACUGUUCCAACAGGCCGGCCUUCCUGCGCGGAACGUUACCGCUCUGUUCUGCCACAUCUUGGCGAUCUUCUUCACACCACACGCCCUAGAGUGCUCCGUCCUCUCAUCUUCACAGCUUCUCCUGUCUCAGAUGGUGCAAGAUAGAUGACAGAAUUCACGACUUCCAGUUCCUUUAAUCAACCUAUCAGUUGGACCUGCGCUCCCUGAUCCGUUAUCGUGGAUCUGGACUUUCUGAGAUUGAUGUCUAAUCCACAUGAUACACUAACGUUCUUUACAUUUGUUAGUUGUUCAGCAAGUUCAUCUUUUCUGCUGGUUGAAAGCAUGGUGUCAUCGGCAGUUAAUUAACAGUUCUUUCAUAUGUCUUUAGACCAACCAUCACUUGGUAUAUGCAUGAUCCGUUAUUGGUACAAAAAUACGGUGGGAGUAAGAUGCUUCUGCUACCCACUAAGGACGGGGUAGAUAAGACAAUGGGCAUGUUGUAAAAAUAUUAGAAAACGGCCUGUUGGUAUUUCUUUCCGAUAUUAAAUUGAAUUAGUAGAGUGUAAAAGUAUAAAGUGCAAUCUGUCUCUUGUUUGUGUUGAUGAAUUUGUCAACCAGGUCGCGAGAAUGAGCACUGGAGCAAGCCAACAAUUUUGUCAGCGUAUUUGGGGAACAGAGAUAGUGCCACACGGUAGAAUAUCGCGUGUAGAUUUAACACCGUCUCUCGAGUCGCAUGGUCUAAAGUAGCGGAAAAACAGUUGCCAACAAUAGUUAUUUUUCUGGAAACAAUGAUCAGUUACUGUUGUCACUAUGCCUUCACGCAAUAACGAAACGGAAAUCCGACAUUCAGAUUCAACGAAACGGAGUGAAAGUGGAACUAUUGCCGGAAAGUUGUACAGAAUAUAAACGACACUGUCGACUGUAGGCUAUUUGGGGGAGUGUAACUGCAAUGCAGGCUGGUGAAUCUGAAGAUCAACGUGAACCUGGCUUACGAGGGACGAGGAGACCAGACAUCCCGCUACCGGGUCGUGUGUGUCACCUACAGGGAAUUAGGUUGACGGUCACAUAUACGACAAAGCCGGCUGUCUUUUCCCUUUGUUAAACAAAAUUUCGAAAUUUUGACACAUAUCCUUCACGAGAGAUGAAGAGCUGGAUAUAGAUCACAGAUGUACCUCUGUAGCAAGAUUAAAAUGUCGUGUUGUACUGUUUGUAAGUUGAAAUAAAUGUUUACUUUCGAAA